AUGAAGGUCCACCCUGUCUUCAACGUUGCCCUGUUACACAAAAAACCAGUAGACGAGUACAACCGUGAUCCAGUCCCACUUCCCCCAGUUGUCACAGCUGAUGGAGAAGAGGAGUACACUGUAGAAAGGAUCCUAGACUCCAAGAAAAACGCCUCAACACCAUACGAACAGAGGCAAGAACAUAGGAAUUUAAUUGCAAACCUUGAAGCACAUAAUCGCGACCUUGCUCUAACCAUUGAAGAGCAAGAAAGGCUUACUGAGGAAAAAGACAGGCUAUUAGUAGAAAAGGAAAUUGAGCUUGACAAUCUACACACAUCUAUCCAGGACGCUACCCAAGAUGGAAGGGGCGAAUUCACUACUAUUGGGACUAUGAGUUCUUUGCCGUAUUGCACGACAACGCCUGGCUUGGGCGUGAUGGAAGGGACUAGCUUAAUCAACCCCCAAGCUGUGCAAGAUCAGCUUCUUCAUCAAUCCUCCUCUUGCUCCACAGUUCCACCCCCACCUUCUGGCACUGCCACCACUAUCAAUCCCCCACCUGCCCCUACAUCUUCUAGCUCCGAUUUGAAAUUUGCCAAGCCAAACAAGUUUAGCGGCAAGAAAGAAGACGCCCUCAAUUUCAUUAUUGCCUGCCAAGCUUAUAUAAGGGCAAAAGGGGCCAACCAAUCCCACGAGGAAAAGAUCUUGUGGGUUACAUCAUAUUUUGAGGGAGCUGCCAAAGACUGGGUUUGCCCAUAUAAAGAAAGGAAGGUGUUCAGGGGAGAAGCAGUUCCUCUUUUGGAAGACAUUGACACUUUUUGGGCUGAGUUUACUAAGCACUAUGUGGACACUAAUUGCAAUGAAAAAUAUUGGCAAAAAUGGAACAACUUGCGGCAGAAGGCUUCAGUCCAGGAAUAUACUUGUGAAUUCCAACAGUACUCAGUCUCUCUUGGUUAUAGCAAUGAGACACUGCGUGACAAGUACUAUGAUGGACUCAAAAAUGAAAUCAAGGACAUCAUGCUUUCAACAAUGUUCCAGUGGCGUUGUGCUACUGCCCAACAAGUCUAUGACAAGGCAGAAGAAAUCGCCAAUCAUAUUGAAUCCACUUGCCUGUCCAAUCCGUCUAUUCCUACUGCUUGCGCCCUUCCUCUGCAACCCCCACUUCCACUUCCAACUCCACUCCCACUUGUACACGUCUAA